AUUUUUUUCGCAGCCGUCUUCUCUGCGGCGCUCCGUCAUGACGUCAUCACGCUCGGCGUGCGAACGUGAGAUCAGCAGAACCUUGUGAAGACAAACUGGACUGCAGUGAGGUGAAGCUGUGCACACAUUAUGGCGAGUGUGCUGUGCAGGAGGGUGAGACAGGUGAGUCAGUCGUCUGUGGGUCACACACUGGCUCAGAGGUUCAUGGCCGUCAGAGGUUUUUCAGCAGCGGGUUCGUCUGGAUCAGAUGAGCCGUAUAUAGCUGUGCCAUCUCAAAACUCAGGUCCCAGGACAGUGUGGCCAGAUGAGACCAUGGGUCCGUUCGGGCCUCAGGAUCAGCGCUUCCAGUUGCCAGGCAAUGUGGGUUUCGACUGUCACCUGAAGGGUUCCGGGUUACAGAUGAAGGGGCUGGUUCACAGGACGGUCCCGGAUGUUUUAACCGCCCCAUCCAGCACAGAGAGACACGAGUUCAUCCUCUCUCAGUUUGUGAAUGAGUAUCAGGGUGCGGCGCAGAGAGUCAGUAAAGCUGAACACUAUUUCAGUCAGUCAGAUGUGGAGUGCUCCAUGCGUUCCUGUCCAGAGCUGCUGAAGAAAGAGCUGGAGCUGUUUUUCCCAGUGCUGCCUGCGAGUCCCAUCACUGUCGUCACCGUAACACAGAGGAAGCAGAAGACGGCCGCAGAAGAUCAGGACCAAGAUCAACAGAAACUACUAGAUCAUUUUGUCAGAGGUGCUAAAGAAAUCUGCUUCACGCUGUGGAGAGGGGGAUACUGGGCCGAUUUCAUCAAUCCACUGUCAGGAAAAGCUUUUUUUGGCGCUCAGACGCCGGACUCUAUUCUACAGCAUCACGCUGGUUUUCACAUCGAGGACCUGGCGGCGUGUACGGUCAUACGACACGUCUUCAAGGAGACGUCCACGUUCGUCUUAACACUCAUCACUAACGCACCUUCCAACAGUCUGAUCAUGGAGAAACUUCAGGGACACGCCAGCGCCUCAGAGGACACGGACUGAUGGACGUUUGCAAACCUGAGCCAAAUCUACGUUCUGAUUCUUUUAGAAGAGAUUUUUGAAUAAAACUAGCUGGUUGUGAUGUUACGAAAUGAGCUUUUGAGAGUAACUGCAGUUGUGAGCGGAUU